AACUUGCAUACUCAUAACAUACAUUAAUAAUAACAUCCAUUCAAUUACUUUGCAUAAAUUACAUAAUAACAAUGUCUCCGGCAUCAUCUAGUCAAACCAUUUGUGUCACCGGCGCCGGUGGGUUCAUUGCUUCAUGGAUGGUCAAACUUUUGUUGGAAAAAAACUAUAUUGUUAGAGGAACCGUUAGAAAUCCAGAUGACCCAAAGAAUGACCAUUUGAGAGAACUGGAGGGAGCGAAAGAGAGGUUAACAUUAUGCAAAGCGGACCUUCUAGAUUUCGAGAGCUUACGUGAAGCCAUUAAUGGUUGUGACGGUGUAUUCCACACGGCUUCUCCUGUCACCGAUGACCCUGAACAAAUGGUGGAACCGGCUGUGAUAGGAACAAGGAAUGUAAUAGUGGCCUCAGCCGAGGCUAAAGUACGUCGAGUUGUAUUUACGUCGUCGAUCGGCGCCGUGUAUAUGGACCCAAACCGGAGUCCUGAUGAUGUCGUUGAUGAGACUUGCUGGAGUGAUCUUGAAUUCUGCAAAAACACUAAGAAUUGGUAUUGCUAUGGAAAGGCAGUGGCAGAACAAGCUGCAUGGGACGAGGCUAAGGCGAGAGGGGUAGACCUGGUCGCCGUGAACCCAGUGUUGGUGCUAGGACCACUAUUGCAACCCACGAUCAACGCCAGCAUUAUUCAUAUCCUUAAGUACCUCACUGGAUCAACUAAAACCUAUGCUAAUUCAGUCCAAGCAUACGUCCAUGUACGAGAUGUCGCGUUAGCACACAUUUUGCUAUUCGAGACCCCCUCGGCCUCUGGUCGCUACCUAUGUGCCGAGAGUGUGCUUCAUCGAGGAGAAGUGGUCGAAAUAUUGGCCAAAUAUUUCCCAGAAUACCCAAUCCCCACCAAGUGUAAAGAUGAAACAAAGCCAAGAGCAAAGCCAUACAAAUUCUCAAACCAAAAACUGAAGGAUUUGGGUCUCGAGUUUACCCCAGUAAAACAGUCAUUAUACGAGACCGUAAAGAGCUUACAAGAAAAGGGUCACCUUCCGGUACAACCAACACAAAACGAUGACCAAAUCCGUAUCCAGUCUUAGUAACUUUUAGGCAUAUAUUUUAGUGCGUGAAAGUAUGAUAUCAAUGUUUUCAUCGAAUCAUGUCAUUGUUUAAUUACCUUUUGUUUGUAACUAGUUCUCAGUAAUGUAUUCAAUCAAUUUGGUACAAA